CACAUAGGUGAAAAGCACGCGGCAGAGCCGGAUGACGCAGAGCUCGUGAGCCUCAGCAAAAGGCUGGUGGAGAAUGCAGUGCUCAAGGCUGUACAGCAGUAUUUAGAAGAAACACAAAACAAAGCCAGACAGACUGAUGGGAGCCCUUUGAAAGCUGAGGAAGCUGCUAGUGGCACUAAGAAUGAGAGCAACAAUGACAACAGCAAGUGAGCACUGUGCAAAAGCCUGGGAGCAAGUAUCCCACCAAGAAUAACAGCAAAAACGUGUCCCAGCUCCCUGCUGAAACUUGCUGAGCGGUGCUGGGUGACAGGCACUCUGCUCUGAGAGGCUCUUAUCAGAAGUUUGUUCUAAAUCGAGGGACACUGCCUGCUGGUCUAGUAAGCGCUUGCAUUGCUGAAAAUCUAUUGAUUGCUGAAAAGGACAAGAAUGGUGAAACAGCUCCAGUCUCCAUGGGCUCUUAAUACCAAGAGUCCCUUCCUUGCUUUUGAAGAGAAACUGAGCUCUCUGUGUUUGCCUUCUGGAUCAUAAGGAAUGGGCACGAAGAGGCCUUUCCACAAGUGGAAACAAUGCCCUGUGCACAGCCUGGCACUGCCAUAGGGCUGCUCGCUGGAUGCAAGAGCACGUGCUGUUGCAAAGUCAGCAGCAGGCAUCCCAAGCUAAAAAUUACCACUACCAGUACUCGUCGCAGAUACUAUUACACAGUAUGUAACAUAGCAGGAGUUUCUCUGAAAUGUGACACCUUUCUGUUCUGUAUUUUUGGUAACUGUUGUUGAUGCAAACAGUGUGUUUUCUCUUGACGGAGUACCUUUUUAUUAAAAAAAAAUGGGGAAAAAGCACUUAACACUGUCCAAAACAGAUACGAUUGGUCUCUGUCUCUGUACGUUAAUGAUUCUAAGUGACAUUAGUUAUUAUAAAAUGUUAUAUUGUUCUUCUUGUCUAGGAAAGAGCCAUGAAGCAGACUUUGUAAAGGAAGCUUUGCACAGAGAAACACGGGCCCUGUUAUCCAGGCUGAGUCAAAUAAAGGAGCUGUUAUCCACGCCUGAGGUCCGCAUGAAAAUUAGAAAAGAACUGUUUGAAGAUGGGCACAACCCUAACAAUAAAUGGAAAGUUAUAUCAACUCUGGAUCUCCAAAUGAAUGAUUGUAAAUUGCUGUGCUAGAAGACCCUCAUCAGGUUGUUUGAAGAUGAAAAAUAUUUCAAGAAAUUUUCCUUUCUCUUUUCAUCUUUUUUUUUAUAGAAAAUACAAAUGGGUGUAAAUGGCUCAUGAAGAAUAAUGCAGAAGUACUUGCACAGAAGUAUUGUAGUUCAUCAUUAAAUACAACCACUCCUCAGCACUGCUUUGAAACACACUUGAAUGUGCAGGUAUACAUUGUGGUUCCAAAGUGGAAAACUACUGGUUUCAAAUAAAUCUGAACAAACACUGUGCCCUUCCUUUAUCAUUGCAGAUACUUCUGACUUUUCUCAUGGAUUUUUUUCUCUAGCAAUGAUAUAUGGAUAUUUAAAAAAAAUGGAUGCUUUUAAAUACUUUAAAAUGUGUAUUUGAAAAAAGGUCUUUUAAUUCUCUGCCUUUUAUAUGUGUACCAACGUUUUGGGUUAGCACUGUCUAUUUUUAAUUGUUUUUUUAAAAAACAGCACUUGAAUAUGUGUGUAGAUGCUGAUAUGCUGUUUCUGCAGAUGUUUACACUACCACAAGAAUGUUUCAAAUUUCAGAAUAAAAUUCAGGCUCCACUAAUGUCAAUGGGAAAGUGUUGUUGGCUUUAAUGGAGUCAGGAUGCUGCAAUUAAGAUCUUCUGAAAUUAAUAAUAUUCCUUGAUGGUAUUUGCCUUUUCUUUUUUAGAACAGUGUUUUAUGUAUUCGGGUUGUGAUGUUUCUUCCAUCUCUGCCUUCUGCUGCCUGGGGUUGUGUGUCAGUUUGCUUUUCCUCCCAUAUACCCUCAAGAUUCAGAAGAGCUUUGGAUGUACAAUGCGGGAGUAGGUCCAAUAUUUGCAUUUUUUAUAAACAUUGUUUAAAAUUGCCUCUGAUGAUAAAAGCUAUUUAAUACAUGUUGUGAUUGGUAUUGGUUUUGUGCUGUUAAAACAGCUGUGUGCAUAUUCUUCAUUGAUAUCAAGCACUGAUCAUUUAUCUCAUGUUUCAUGGCUUACAUUCUUUUCCCUCAUUGAGUAUAUAACAGUGUAUUCUGAAAUGUCAUACAUUUCUCAAACCACGCUCACAAUAAAGUAUUUCUUCCUUUGCA